AUGGCUGACACAGAUCCCGUUUGUUUAGCUUCACUGGUUUACUUCAUGGGCGAGAAGUUCUACAGGCAGUCCAUACACACAGCUGAGUACUACCUGAAGAUGUACCACAAUGAUCCUGUUCUGCUCUUUUUUAAAGGCUUUGGGAUACUAAUGGAAGGUCGAACCCAGGAGGCCAUGAGAGAGCUGGAGCAGGUGAAGGACAAACCGACUGUGGCCAUAUGUUCCCGCAUGGCUCUUAUCUGUGCACACAAGCGAAGUGACAUGAUUGAUCACGAGGCUGUGUCAGCGCUGAAGACCCACGUGAGGAAUAUCCGUAAGACAGCAGGAGAGCAGCCCCUGUUCUACGGAGCCCUGUUCCUGUGGCUCACGGGCCACGUUGACAAGGCCAAAGACUACAUUGACAAGAUCCUGAAGAUAUCCAAGUCCUCAAGAGAGGGGUCCAUCCUGAAGGGCUGGGUGGAUAUGAACUCAGAGGAUGAGUUUCAGAGGAACAACGCUAUCUGCUACCUGGAUGGAGGAGGGCAGCACUCCAGGGAUGUGUUCGGCAUGAUGGGAAAGGCCAAGUACUUCAUGAACAAGCAUAACUUCACUGGAUCCCAGCAGGUGGUGAAUCAGAUAGUGACCUCCCACUCAGACUUCCUCCCUGGUCUGAUGCUGAAGAUGAAGCUGUUCCUGGCUCUACAGGACUGGGAGCAGGCCUUGGAUACAGCUGCUAGGAUUUUACAACAAGAUGGGCGGAAUCUGAAAGCUAUCCAAGUUCUCGCCAUCCAUACCAUUGUGAGGGAUGGGGAUCUGGUCAAGGCCAAGGAACAUCUGCAGGCCCUGGUUAGUGCAGCAGAGGUCUCCGAGCCCUGCUCUCCCAGUCUCCACGUCAGUCUCACCCAGCCCAUCAGCAGACUGUGUGGAGGCAACCCAGACAUCCUCCAGCUGCUGACUCCAUUUACAGAGAGGGCGUACUCUAAAGGCCCCGGGAAUGCUGAUGUGGCCAAUGAGAUGGGCUACCUUCUGUCCCUACAGAAGAAGACUAAGGAGGCCACCAGGUGGUACUCUGCUGCUCUCAACCUUGACACCAGCAGUGUCCCAGCCCUGGCAGGACUGAUCCGCUGCCAGCUGAUGGACGGCCAGCUACAGGAAGCAGCCAAUCAGCUGGAGUUUCUCAGAGAGAUCCACCAGUCCAUUGGCCAGUCAGCGGAGCUGGUCCUUCUGCAGGCUCUCCUGCUCCACAAGAGAGGGGCGGGGCUGGCCGUGAUGUCACCCUUACUGAAGGAGGCCACCGACCUUCACUUCCUGGACCUGCGAGGGCGACCAAUGGGACCAGACUACUUCCACAGGCUCCAUCCUGACUUUAUUUUCCAAGUGGUCAACCUCUACCUUUCCUUCUUCCAGGAGAAACCCCUGACGGCAGGUCAGCCCGUCCCCUUUGGCCUGAGUCACUCUGGAAUGGUCCUGCAGCCUGUGGUCAAGAUGGCCCCCGGCCUGCUGCCUGGAGCCUACCACAUGGCCCAUGUCACGUUCCUUUCAGGCGACAGCCAGUCAGCUCAGCAGUUCCUGGAUUUCUGUCUGGAGAGAGACCCGACCAUCGCUGAGGUCCACCUGCUGCAGGCCAGGAUACACCUCCAUGAGGGAGACUACAACCUCUGCUUUCAGUCUCUGGAGACCGGAGUCAGCCACAACUUCCAGGUGCUAGAUUUCGCCCAGUACCACCAACUAAAGGCCCGUGCAUUGCGGGGUGUUGGGAAGCUGGAAGAGGCUAUCAAGUCCCUGAAGAUGGCGAUGGGGAUCCACGCAGCGAGUGUGAGAGAGUCCCACGUCAGCAACAGUGAACGUGUUUCUGUGUUCCUGGAGCUAGCUGAGGCACUGAGACUACACGGAGAACCGCAUGAGUCGACCAUGGUGCUGCAGGACGCUAUCGUGGCGUUCGCUGGUACCCCCGAGGAGAUCUGUGUGACAAUAGCUAACGUGGACAUGGCCUUGGCUAAAGAUGACCUGGACACAGCCCUCAGCGUCCUCCGAGGCAUCACACCGGACCAGACACACUACACAACGGCCAAGGAGAAGAUGGCCCUCAUAUACCUGCAGAGACGCAAAGACAAGAAGCUGUACAUAGCCUGCUAUAGGGAGAUCAGAGAUGAACUACCCGGGCCUCAGUCCUCUAUCCUUCUGGGGGACGCCUACAUCAACAUACAAGAGCCAGAGAGAGCUGUUGAGGUGUAUCAAGAGGCAAUGAGAGGGACGGCUCGGGACGCAACCCUGUGGAGAAAGAUGGGCCAAGCCUAUGUGAAGACCCAUCAGUACAACCAGGCUGUCCGUCACUAUGAGAGUGCAGUGAAGCUGGGCGGUCAUGACUCUCUGGUGGUGGACCUGGUAGAGCUGCUACUGAAGCUGCGUCAGUAUGGCAAGGCCCAGAGGACUCUGAUGACCGCUCUGCACUGUGAUGAUGGUACACUGAGCGUCUCCAGCCUGAUGAGCAACGUACAGUACUUUCUGCUGCUAGCCAGAGCACACUAUGCUGACCAGGGAUCGGUCCAGGACACACUAGAGAAGGCCCACAGUGUCCAGGAGAGUGUCCUGAAGCGGUGUCAGACAGAGCGCCCAGAGCUGCUGGAACAGGAGAGAACCGUGCUGUGUUCCAUCUGUUGUCAGCUGGCCAGACACUACCGUAGCAGGACCGAUGUAGACAGGACCAAGUAUUACUACAACCAGGCUAUAGUAGCCAUCGGGAGGACAGACAACAAGAUCAGUCUGGAGUUGGCCCAGUUCUACCUGGAGAAUGGGAAGACGGAUGAAGCCAUGAUGCAGGUUGAGGAGGUGCUGGGAAGGGAUGCCCUCCUCCCUGACGCCACAAUGGUGUACGGAGAUAUCAAGUUGAAGGAGGAGAAGUUUGAUGAGUCUGUGGAGAUAUAUCUUGGACUGAUGGACAGAUGCCCAGAUAACUUCGUGUUCCUGGCCAAGUGUAUCCAGGUGCUGAGACGGUCAGCCAGACUGGAUGACGCCCUGGCCCUGUUUCAAGCCUGUGAGCACCACAACCACGGAGCUACCACUGAGCCUGGAUACAACUACUGUUGUCAAGGGAUGUGGGAUAUCAUCGCUUGUUGGCCGUCUGCCAGGGUGGGAGAGGUCAUCACCAUCAAGUGUCCUAAGUACUUCAGUUACUUCUCUGACCAUAUAGUCAAACAUAAAGGUAAACAUUACUUCAUGAAGAGUGGCAUCAGAGUGGCAUCAGAGUGGCAUCAGAGUGGCAUCAGAGUGGCAUCAGAGUGGCAUCAGUGCGGCAUCAGUGCGGCAUCAGAGCGCUAUCAGAGCGCUAUCAGAGCGCUAUCAGAGCGGCAUCAGAGCGGCAUCAGAGCGCUAUCAGAGCGCUAUCAGAGCGGCAUCAGAGCGCUAUCAGAGCGGCAUCAGAGCGCUAUCAGAGUGCUAUCGGAGUGGCAUCAGAGUGCUAUCAGAGUGGCAUCAGAGUGCUAUCAGAGUGCUAUCGGAGUGGCAUCAGAGUGCUAUCAGAGUGGCAUCAGAGUGGCAUCAGAGUGGCAUCAGAGUGCUAUCAGAGUGGCAUCAGAGUGCUAUCAGAGUGCUAUCAGAGUGCUAUCAGAGUGGCAUCAGAGUGGCAUCAGAGUGGCAUCAGAGUGGCAUCAGAUUGGCAUCAGUGCGCUUUCAGAGUGGCAUCAGAGUGGCAUCAGAGUGGCAUCAGAGAGGCAUCAGAGUGGCAUCAGAGAGCUAUCAGAGUGGCAUCAGAGUGGCAUCAGAGUGGCAUCAGUGCGGCAUCAGUGCGGCAUCAGAGUGCUAUCAGAGUGCUAUCAGAGUGCUAUCAGAGUGCUAUCAGAGUGCUUUCAGAGUGGCAUCAGAGUGGCAUCAGAGAGGCAUCAGAGAGGCAUCAGAGUGCUACCAGAGUGCUACCAGAGUGCUACCAGAUGGCAUCAUAGUGGCAUCAUAGUGGCAUCAGAGAGGCAUCAGAGUGGCAUCAGAGUGCUAUCAGAGUGCUAUCAGAGUGGCAUCAGAGUGCUAUCAGAGUGGCAUCAGAGUGGCAUCAGAGUGGCAUCAGAGUGGCAUCAGAGUGGCAUCAGAGUGCUAUCAGAGUGCUAUCAGAGUGCUAUCAGAGUGCUAUCAGAGUGCUAUCAGAGUGCUUUCAGAGUGCUUUCAGAGUGCUAUCAGAGUGCUAUCAGAGUGGCAUCAGAGUGGCAUCAGAGUGGCAUCAGAGUGGCAUCAGAGUGGCAUCAGAGUGCUAUCAGAGUGCUAUCAGAGUGCUAUCAGAGUGCUAUCAGAGUGCUAUCAGAGUGCUAUCAGAGUGCUAUCAGAGUGCUUUCAGAGUGCUUUCAGAGUGGAAUCAGUGUGGCAUCAGUGUGGCAUCAGAGUGGCAUCAGCGUGGCAUCAGAGAGGCAUCAGAGUGGCAUCAUAGUGGCAUCAGUGCGGCAUCAGUGCGCUAUCAGUGCGCUAUCAGAGUGCUAUCAUAGUGGCAUCAGAGAGGCAUCAGAGAGGCAUCAGAGUGGCAUCAGUGCGGCAUCAGUGCGCUAUCAGAGUGCUAUCAUAGUGGCAUCAUAG